CCGCCGCUCACUUCCUCGAUCCCAUCCCCAGGAAGCAGCAGAUCGACAGCGGCUUUCGCAACAGAUCGGGACACCAACGACGACCCAAUCCCAUUCCUUGGUCUCCGCCAUUCACGUCCUCCCUCCCCAAGCAGCAGCGAGCAGCAGGCAACCAAUAGCAGUCCUAACCUGAAAAUCAGAAAAAAUGACAAGACCUCCUCGCCGUGGACGUGGUCGUUUUGGAGGUAGAUCAGGUGGUCGGUCUUCCAAAGUUGCUGCUUCAACAAGU